CGUCCGUAUAAAUGUCCGUACCCGCUGUGUGGAAGGGCGUUCAGUCGGUUGGAACAUCAGACACGCCACAUACGCACUCACACCGGUGAAAAGCCGUUCGUGUGCACCUUCCCAGGCUGCGAAAAGCGCUUCUCCCGCUCCGACGAACUCACGCGCCAUUCCCGCAUCCAC